GACUACCGGCAGGGCGGGCGGGGCUCGCGGCAAGCCGGCCUCGGCGGCGGCGGCGGCGGCGCGAUGACCACGCUCCGGGCUUUCACGUGCGAUGACCUGUUCCGCUUCAACAACAUCCAACAUCCGGCCAGCCGACUCGGCUUCGUCUUCUGUGCAGCGGACAGCACCGAGGCGCCCGCCGCGGAGGUCGUUGCGAGGGUGGCCUUGGCAUUCCUGUCUCAGCUGCCAGAGCAAAUGGCAUCACAUCCAUGUUCCUGGCAGAGGAUCAACAGAGGGGAAGUACCUUGCCCACUGGCCAGAGUAUUUCAUUGUUGCAGAGGCACCUGGUGGAGAGUUAAUGGGUUAUAUUAUGGGUAAAGCAGAAGGCUCUGUAGCUAGGGAAGAAUGGCACGGACAUGUCACAGCUCUCUCUGUUGCCCCAGAAUUUCGACGCCUUGGUUUGGCUGCAAAACUUAUGGAGUUAUUAGAGGAGAUUUCAGAACGAAAGGGUGGAUUUUUUGUUGAUCUCUUUGUAAGAGUAUCUAACCAGGUUGCAGUCAACAUGUACAAGCAGCUGGGCUACAGCGUAUACAGGACAGUCAUAGAGUACUAUUCAGCCAGCAAUGGGGAGCCUGACGAGGACGCUUAUGAUAUGAGGAAAGCACUUUCCAGAGACACUGAGAAGAAAUCCAUCAUACCAUUACCUCAUCCUGUGAGGCCUGAAGACAUUGAAUAACCAUGGGCAGUGGUUCUUAGGCUGAUGCUCCAGAUAUUUUAUGGACAAUAUUGUUUUCAUUGGAUGAUCCCGGAGCGCUAUGAGGAGAAAAGUAAUUAUUUAGGUCUUGCAGAUCUCAAGAAAAUACAGGUUAUAAAUUUGAGUCUUAUUGUUUCCAGCUAGCAAUAUCAUAACUAUUAAAGCUGUUCACUGUAAUAAAAUUCAGUCAAAAAGGCAGCUAGGUCAGAUAGAAACAUUUUAGUAUUUUGGUUCAUAAUAUUCACUACAUGUUAAGGGGAAAAACUUGCUCCAGUCUCCUCCUAAAUUCUGUGCCUGAGAACCACUGCUGCAUACAUAUUUUUUAUUUUGUAUUAUCUGUUAAUUGAAGCUUUAAAAGCAUAUAUGAAAUGUAUAAAUCUAAAAUGUAUAAUAAAACACAUUGUUGACCCUA